GCACGGGUCGUCGUCGUCGUGCACGGAGAUAACCGCCGUAGUCCGGAGUAGUACCGUAGUGUGUAGUUAGCGCGGGCGUGAAGUGAAGUGGAGUGGAGGGGGUUGAUGGUUGAUCCCGUCGUGUUGUCCUCAUUGUGAAACCAGAAGUGCCUUGCGUCUCGUGUUUCAAGUGUUGUGCCUUUUUUUUGCCCCGUUUACGCGUGUUUACGGUCCCGGACCUUCCAGCUUCCAGCGGGGUGUAUUUGCUCUUGUGUUGGUUUGGUCAGUGAACUUGUGUCCGAGCUAGGCCAGCCGAAGCCGUACCAGAAACUGCCGUGUCAGCACCACCGACCCGCAAAAGUGGGCGAUAAUCCACCACUCGCGCUGAGCUUGUACCGUUACCACAUCUCUCAACCCAAACCCUCUUCCAGAUCAGCAUCAGUAUUUACUGUGGGGAGAUAGCAGCGACUGCAGUGGACAAGUGAGAGAGCGACAAAGUGACAGAGAGAGAGAGAGAGAGAGAGAGACAGAGAGAGGAUAUUGAAGGGGUGAGGAGUGCGUUGUCACCUUCGAUCUCUUCGGAGGAGGAGGAGGAGUAGGUGGACACUAUUUGCGUAAAGGCCUUUCUAGGGGAAGGGUGUGCGUUUGUGGUGCUUUCACUUCUGGCGUCUUCUGGCCUUCCGGGAGAAGCUUCUGCCGUCACCAAACCACCACUGUGCAGUGUAAUUAGACCUCUCGCGGGGGAGGGGGGCCUCCGCGCGUUUGCCACGAGUUGCCAAGCAGGAAAGAAAGCUGACCCGUAUCCGUUGACGCGUGCGCCCGUGCGUGUGAGUGUGUGGUUGCGCGCGAACGAAUUUAGAGCGCGCCUACACCGAACCAACCAACGAUCAUCGCCAUCAUCAUCAUCAUCAUCAUCACCAGCACCAGCGCCUCAACAUCAGCUGUUUGAAUCCGAUUCGCGAAUCCGGAUCGGAACAACGCCUCGGAAACAAUGUGGAGCCCAACGCACAUCCAGGUGACAGUGCAGCGUGCCCGAGGACUGCUCAUCAAGGGUAAGCAGGGCACCAACAACUGCUUCGUGAUCAUAGCGCUGGGAAAGGAGAAGUUUCAAACUUCGGUCCAGGAGAAGGCACCAGAAUCGGUGACCUGGAAUGAGGAGUGCGAGCUACAAAUACCGUCGCAGGGCAACCAGGCGCAGCUGGUGCUGACCGCCCUGCACCACAACAGCGUCGGCAUGGACGAGUUUCUCGGGCGCGUCGUGCUGCCGCUGAACGAGAUGGAGAUCUACGAGCGGCCCCGCUCGCGCUGGUACAAGCUGGAGAGCAAGGACAAGGACCGGGAGCGCAAGAAGGAGAAAGAGCGGGGCGAGCUGGAGGUGCGCAUCUCGUUCACCGUGAAGGCGGGCUCCCUGACCGAUCUCAGCAAGAAAACGCCCAGCAAGAGCUCGAUCAGCAACCUGGCGUCGAGCGUCGGUGGCUCGCUGCUCAGCAUCGGUGCGAUCGAGAAGCGCAAGGGCCUCCGGAAGCUGGCCAAAUCGCUCGGCUCCAAGAUGCACAUCUCCGGGCUUGGGCGCAAGGGCCACAAGGACCGCGACGAAGGACCGUUGGACGAAGAGGUUACUGGUGGUGGUGGUGGUGGUGGUGGUGGUGGCGCUCGCACUGGCACCACGUCCCUGCACGACCGCAGCACGAAGCAAACCAUCGGUGACGCCGAUCCGGGCGUGAUCAGCGAGGACGAGGAUGAGUUCGUGUUGGAUAACCUUUCGCACAAAAGCUCUACCGGAUCGGUCAGCCACUGGCCGAACACGCAACCGGUCAGCACCGGGUCCGCCACCGGGUUCCGUCGGCAUCCGGAAGAGGUGGUAGCAUUCCACGCCGCCACGCCCGUGGCCGACGGGACCGCAGCGUUUCACAUUUCGAAGGCGAGCUCUUCCAGCUCACUGGUUGGUGCGGCGGGUGAGAUCGGUGAGCCGGGUGGGUCAAAGCAGCAGCGGCACCACGCCGACAGCCCGGCCGGCAAGGAGAAGAUGGACGAGUGGGAGCAGAAGCUGUACGGGAAGCACCUCGAGAUCGGUAGCACCGACUCGCUGAAGCGCAGAUCGUGGGAAAGCUCCCGGGUAAUGCUAUCCGCUGGCAGGCAGGAGGAGCAGCAGCAGCAGGAAGCAGUGGCCGAGCAGGUCACACUCGCUGCACCCGAACCGCAGGCCCGCUCGGUGCCGACCUCACCCGAACUGGACGGCAUGGCUGGGCGGGGCGCCCCGAAACCGGUGCCCCGGGCCGGCUCCCGGCAGGACGUAUCGCGUCCGGGAGCGGGAACGGGCGAACCGGUGCCCGAGGUGCACACCGUGCACAGCAAGCCGGAGAAGGAGAGCUUUACGAAGAAAAUCAAGCACCUGAUCAAGGACCAUGGUCACCAUCAGCGUGCGGACUCGCUGGAGAAUCUGACGGCCGUGGUGGUCGUCCCGCAGCGGAAGCUGAACGGCUCGAAGCAGGCCAGCCCGUUCGGGCACGAGCAACGCAUCAUCAUCGGCGGCGAAACGGUUGGCACCGAGCUGGGGCAACGGGCGGCGGUGGCCAAGGCGGCGGCAGCGGCAGCGGCCGCCUCGAUGCCCCUCACACCCCAAACGCUCGCCAAGUACGAGGGCAAAUCGCACGAGGAGAUGGUGCGGGUGGCGCAGGGCCUCGAGAACGAGGUGCUGUUCCAGAAGCAGAAGGUGAAGGAGCUGGAGGACUACCUGGACAGCCUGCUGCUCAAGGUGAUGGAAUGUCACCCUAAGAUUUUACAAAAUCCCUACACGAAGGCGAACCCCAGCAAAAGGUAGUGGAUGAUGCGGCGGUUAUCGGGAGUCUUGCAAUCGGCAGUUAGUAGCGACCUAGUAGCAGUGUAAUUUUGUUUUUUUUUUUCCAAAAAGCAAUCACUCACCAGAAAACCAGAAGAAAAAGGCCCGCUCACCAACUACACACGCCGCUCGGUCAUCGGCCAUCAAUCAUUUAAACAGUUCCACAAUCGUCCAUCCCAAACCAGCUGAACUGAACUGCGAACGCCAAAGAGUGCAUACGCGGGUAACAAACUGACAGAGAAGGGGACAUGGGGAGUGUUAGGGUGGGGUGUAGUCUCCACGCCGGCAUGCGGGGGGGGGGGGGGGGGGGGGGGACUUUGGUAUUUAAUUUUUAUUUGUGACACAUGGUUUUAGAAUUUUUCCCUGAAAGCUGAUCCUUUCAAGAACGUUGUGUAAAAGUUUUGGAUCAAUCGAAGGAAAACUGACAAAGAUACAUAUAUUUGAAAAUCCGCGUUUCAUGCAGCUCGCUACUUCGAAGAGCGUUUCCCUAAGAACCAUCGCUUUCAAUGUCGGUGCCCACCGUACCGUAAAAACUACUGGGCCGAUUAUUUUGAAAUUUUUUGCUCAUAAUCUGUAUACUUUUUGCCAGGUAGCCCUGUUGAGAUAUCAUAAAAACUGUUGAUACUUUUUUUUAAACAAAUCUGUAAAGUUCGUUUUUUUAUGGCAGAAUCGCAAAAAGCCUCACUUUUUCAACUUUAAGAAUCUGCCAAAAAUCGAAAAGUAAGAAUAUCAUCAAGAAUUUUCCAAGACUACCUAGAUAAACUUAUAAUCUUUCUAACGAAUAUCGAUUUGUAUUUUUCUGAUAACCCGUCACGCAGCUACCAGAGGGCACCAGAAAAAAAGUAUCUUUUCACAAGACACGACUGCCCAAAUUUGAUGGCAUGGAUUCAUUUUUCAAUGAAUGUUGCUCAAAACAAUACCAAAUAUUUUUCAAAAGUUGUAGAUUAUUAUGUCAUUUACUUGAAAAAAUACAGUUCAAUGGUUGCGUCACAAAAAAACCGUUAAAAAUGGGCCUUUGUUUGGCCCGAAAAUACCGAAGUCCCCCCAUAAUGGAGGAGCAUAAUGCGAACUUUCCCGACCAGCGCUUCACGAAGCAGGUUGCUUCUUUACUCUACCCGAAAAAACGGCCGUUCGGCGUUCGGCGACACUUUUUUAAUGUCGGAACGCCGAAACGAUGCAAUUUGUAAUUUGCACCUCCACUCGAUCAGCUGUCCAUCACACCCACCUUGGCGAAAGCGCGCUUCUAUUACUUUUUUUUUUAUUAUUACUAUUAUGAUUAUUGUAUUAUUAUUAUUAUUAUUAUUAGCGUGUAAUUAGGCGUAUAGCGAAGGAGAGAACAUGAGCCUUACCAAGAGCAUCGAGGUUUAUACUAUCGAGCAAUUAUACACCGGCAUCUAUUGGAAGUGAUCUACAGUAUAUUUCGCUACUACCUUUCUGCUUCUCUUUUCUAUACAAAAGAGAGCAAACCAUGGGAGGGACGAAGGGCGAGAUUGUAAUAUUAAACUAAAUUAUGUAAUAUCGAAUAAAAGAUUGUUAUACAAAAUCAAA